AUGCUAUAUGCGUCUGGCGCACAGGCGCACAAUCUGGGAUCUACAAAAAUCACUUUUUCAGUACUCCCCUCCCGCACCAAGUCAGAACUUAUGAAUAAGCAUGCUUGGUGUACUGACGAUAUGGUAACGACACAAAAUGAGUACGGCGGUCAAAAUGCGAGUGGUAAUCUUGAAGAGGUUUCUCUGGCAAAACGUACGGAAGUCGUGGUAAAUCAUGGAUCAAAGCCGACGCUCCAGUUUUACGUCGCAUAUGCCGCAUCUUUGAAGGCAGCGGCCUUGGUCGCCGAAAUGCGACUCUUACUAGAAUGUAACCCAUCACCUCUUUCCGGCACUCCGCCUCCCCCUUACGAUAAAGCAAUUGCAGACAUGCCUCCUGCAUACAUGAGUCAGGAUGAAUUUGCCCAUUGCCGUGUUGACACGCCGGAUUCCGCUCCCAUAAUUACCAGAGGAGUUCGAAUAUCAAGGAAGGACGGGCCAUCAUCCGGAAAUCUUAUAACACCCAUAUCAAUCGACUUGAACGAUUUGUCUAAAUUUAGAUCUCACGGGAAAAAGCAGAAAAAAUCCCAAAAGAAGGUUGCUCAAGAUAAGUGGAAUGGCUCCGAUAAAGGAGACGACAAAGGUAAGGCAGCGGGUGGAGCUGGCGACGGCGGAAAUGGAGACGGCGGCAGUGGACAUGGCGGGGCGGGGGGUAGCACUGGAGGCGGAGGUGGAGGAGAUGAUGGCGGAGAUGGCGAUGACGACUCGUGGGAGACAGGCGGUGGGAAGAAAAAGAAGAACAAGAAAAAUAAGAAGGAAGAGGAAGAGGAAAGAGAACAAAAAGAAAAGGAAGAAGCGGAGCGAAAGUCAAAAGAGGAUGAAAAGAAAGCAAAAGAAGCUGAGGAUAUGGCUGCCUCUGCCGCAGCAGCUGAUAAUGCUGGAAAUUCACUCAGUUGGGUUGAUGAUGUGCCUGCUGCCAAUGUGGAAAACGACUGGGGUGGAUAUACGACGAAGAAGAAGAAGGGGAAAAAGAACAAGACUGCUGAUCCUCCACCGGCUGAAAAACCACCUCCCCACUCUUUGCAGGAUAUAAAUGCAGACGCAGGUGCUCCCCAGCUCAACUUAUCUUUUGAUGCUGGUGUUGAUACGAACAAGUCUAUGGGAUUUAACUUUGGCGGCUGGGCAAAUAAUUGGAAUACCGGCGGUACCCUUAACCUGAGUCUUGAAGAUAACAAAAAGAACAAACUAGAUGACGAGAAGAAAGAAGAUGGUUUUGGCUCCAUUAAUGCUUGGGCUCCCGAAGGGAAAAAAGGGGGGGGAAAGGAUACAUUCAGCUUCAGCAACGCGAACGACAACGAUACCUCCACGGGUGAUGCAAACACCGAUGAGAAGAAAACAGAGGACGAUCGCAGGGGCUUCGCUGUCAUCAGCAUGAAGGACAAGAGAAAGAAAAAGGGCAUCCCUCCUAUCGAAAAUCUUGCAUCUAAUCCUGUUCCUGCUCCCGACCCUGAACCUGCCGUCGAAUUGGCCACCUGGUCCACGUCGACGAAAAAGGACAAGAUGAAGAAGGGAGCAAAUACCCUUGAUCUCACUGAAGAGGUGGCAAAAGAGCCCGACCCCGUAGUCGAACCUGCUGGCGACUUUACGGUUGAAGAUAGUGGAUGGGAUGAUGGGUGGGGAAAGAAAAGCAAGAAGGCAAAGGCAAAGGCUGCCGAAGCAGCACCCAAGAAACCUGACCCCCCACCAGAACCUGCUACGGAGGACACCUGUGCUUCGGUCUCCCGCAGGAAGGAUAAGAAAAAGGAAGUUCCCGAACCUCCACCUGAACCAGUGCCAGAUGCUAAGGCGGAACCAGAGGAUGAUUUGGAUUGGGCGACACAAGUUAGCAAAAAGGACAUGAAGAAGAAGAAGAAGGGAAAAUUAGAAGCUGAGAACUCCCCUGCUCCUCCACCUGUUGCAGAGCCUGAUCUUAUCAAUGGCUGGGCAAGUGUCACUACUUCAAUGAAGAGGAAGGGUAAGAAGGGUGUUGCUGUUGUGGAGGAAGCUCCGGUUGAACCGCCACCACCCGCACCAGAACCUGAACACCAACCAGAGGCGAACUCUUGUGAUAAUUGGGGUAAGUUCAUAGCGACUUCCAAGAAAAAGAAGGGUAAGAAAGGAGCCACAAUGGCAGCGGCAGCAGCGGUAGUGGUAGUUGUAGAAGAGGAAGAAAACAUAACUGAGGAGCUGCCUGCUCCCCUACACAAACAUGAACUCCAGUCGGAAGCCCUUGAUGAUGGAGGUGCGUUUACAACGAAUUCCAAAAGAAAGAAGGGCAAGAAAGGAGCUGUCGUAGAAGAUUUGCCUCCGGAACCACCACUCACUGCAACAGGACCCGAACCUGAAUCCGUGGAUGAUUGGGGUGGAGUUUCAACGAGCAAAAAGAAGAAAGGGAAAAAGAAUAUUGCCGUGGAGGUUGUUCUCAAAGCCGUCGAAGAGACACCAGCACCAGCACCUUGUCCCGAGCCUGUUGAUGAAUGGGCUGAGUUUUCAGGAGGGAAGAAAAAGAAGGGCAAGAAGAAUACACUCAUGGAGCCGGUGGGGGAGGCUCCAGCACCUGCUCCAGCGACUGAACAUGAGCCUGUUGUUACCUGGGGAACUGCCUCUUCCAAAAACGAGGGUAAGAAAGGAGCAGUAGUAGAGCCAUUGCCUACAAACCCGCUUCCAGAACCCGAACACAAGCCCGAAGGUAAUCCAGAGUUUGAUCCCCUUGACGACUUGGAAUUCACCACCACUACUAAAAAAGGAAAGAAAGGUAAGAAAGGUGAUGUUGUAGAGGGAACUAAACAGGACGUCAAAAAUCCGGCUACGGUCCCUGAAACUGACAUCUGGGCCACUACCACGUCCAAAAAGGACAAGAAAAAGAGCAAGGUAUCAAAUAUUGAAGCACCUGCUCCUGAGCUAACUCCUGGCGGAGAAAACCUUGAUUGGCUUAAAGAUGACUAUGGCGAUGGCGGCAAAGUCACUAAGGUUGACUCCAAAAUUUCCAAGGCUAGUGGUGGCUCAGGUGGACACGGAGAUGAUUGGAGCAUUGGUGGUUGGAGUUUCGGAAGUAAGAAAAAGGAUAAGAAGAAGGCAGCAGUCGUUGAAGAUCCGAACCUCGUUUCUGAACCGCCAGCUGUCAUUGAAGCAACUUCUACCGGCGCCAAUGAAGCCACUUCUGGCGGAAAGGAAAUUAAAAAGGAUAAGAAAGUGAGAAAGGAUAUAAUACUAGAAGAAAAAGCCAAAGAUCCUAAGUUCCAAAAUAACCCCACUGCCGCGGAUGAUGACUUCCUUGGUUGGGCUGAUACUACCCCAACCAGUAGAAAAAUCAAGAAAAAGGGAGCUUCCGUGACGAAGGUGCCCGAAGAAUCUCUCCCACCCCCUCCCCCACCCGCUUCGGAGGCGCCUGAACCUCUAGCUGCCGAUAGCUGGGCAUUCUGGGGAUUGUCAAAGAGUGCCAAGGAUAAAAAGGGCAAAAAGAACAAUUUUUUAGAGCCGGAGCCUGGACCACUUCCUGAGGUUGAAGGCCUGGAUCCCUGGUCAGGGCUGUCUGCGAAAGACAAGCAAAAGAAGGAAAUGGAAGCCAAGAAGAAACCUGCUACCGUCGCCCCCUCUGCCGAACCCAAAAAUAAAGAUGUUGUCUCUACGGAUCUUGUCAGGUCUCCCGGUCUGGAUGACAACUCAUGGUGGGGAAUACCCGCAGAUAAAAAGAAGGGAAAAAUAGGAAAAGAUGCCAACGAACCUCCCCCACCGGCACCCACACCUCCAGUUCAAGAACUUGACACCGAAAUGAUUGCAGUUGACGUUGAUGGCAAUGAUGCGUGGGGCGCAUUCACUGGUUCUGGAUCCAAGAUCACGAAAGCAAAGAAACCAUCAAUCUCUCGCACAACUACAACCACGUCGAAAUUAUCCAAAGUCGAGAACAGUAAAUCAAGCAAGCCUAAAUCCAGAGGCCUUGAGGUUGUGGAUAUCACUGACGAGCCCAAGAAGAUGGAAGAACCUGGUGCUGUAGACUGCGAUGCAGCCAAGGGAGUUAAAAGUUUCUGGGGAAGUUUUGGUACUGCUCCAGCUUCCACUCCCAGCAAGUCUAAAACCCCGCAAAUAACUGAGGAAGGGAUUGAAACAGUAGUAGAAAUGGCCAAGGAUAAAUCUAACAUGGACGGCAGUAAAAAGAGCGCAAAGAAAAAUAACAAAACUGCGCUUGAUGAUCUUAUUGAUAUUCAUGCAGGCGAGCUCGAAGCGACUAGCGCGACCACAGCUGACAAAGAAAGCGCGCCAAGCGCGCCACCAAAGACAACCACGACGACACUCACGACUGGCACCAAGGUUACUGGCAAAACCUCAGUCGCAGAGCGGAUUAGGUUACUUGAGCAAAGUAAAAAGCGCGAAAAAGAGGCAGCUAAGGAAAAGGAGAAACUCAAAGAGAAAGAAAAGGUCGUUGUGCAAACUGGUGUUCCCCAGCAGCCAGUUUCCCCACCUGACCUCAAACCGAUCGUAGAGCCAGUCGCGUAUGAUCCUCUCCCAUCAAAAAAGGCAUCAGUUUCAUCAAAAAGAAAAGCAACAACGGUGCCAAGUAAGUCCACGUCAAAGAAAAAGGGUGCUACUGCGGCCACUACUGCCACGCUUCUCGACGAAUCAAAUACUCCACGCGACUCCGUUCCAGGCAGCUUUCCCGGCGCAUUUGACGAUGGUUUAAUUGAUAUCAUCGACUUGGCUCCUGCUCCUGCACCAGGACCUGUGAAAUCGCAUCCUGUCAAAGCUCCAAAGGCGGGUACAAAGCCUUCUACGGCCACCAAGGUUUCCACCGAUAAAAUGGCGACCCCUCAUCCACCACCUCCAGCCACAGCUCCUGAUGAAAGCAAAGAUUCUGAAGCUACUCCGAAUCGCGCCACAUCCAAACCUGUUAAAAAGGAACGUGCGCGCGUUGAACGUACCGCUGGGGCUUCUUCAUGGGGCUUCUGGGGUGCUUCACCAAAGAGACCUGUAAAAAAAGAAACCAAGCCCAAAGAAGAGGCCAAUUCUUCUCCCCAUACCAUGAAAAAGGCAAAGGAAACGGUUCCUCCCACUUUGGCUAGGUCGAAAUCCACUGCUUCGAAAAGGGAUAAGCCUAUGGUCGGAGAAAAGGAUGUUGAAAAGUCGUCUGGUUCUGACAAGGAGAAACACACAUCCGCUACUGUUCGCCCUUCACGACACAGCAGAGGAAUGAAUUUUCCUAAUUUUAUGCUGGGGGGUGCGCCGCCUGCUAGAACCAAGUCAAUCAAACGAAAUGGUGCCUCAGUUUCGAUGCCUAGCUCUAGACAUCCUUCAGUUGACAUCGAUGACUCAGGAAUUCUUUCUCCGAAUGACAAUCAUGCGGAAAUUUUGGGGAAGGCUGCAAAACUUAUGGGUGUGAACGGUGUGAAGACUCCAAGAAGCGAACUCAAGGGCAAAAAGUGCCUCUCAAAAGUUCCUGAUCCAUACGCUAUUGAUGACGAUGAUGACUUGGUUAUGGUCAACGGAGGCGACGAACCUGCAGCGAUUUCACCAAAAGAGACGCCAAAGGACUCGAAACUUCGUCGACAUAAAUCCAAACAUGAGCCAAAACCAAAAAGAGCAGAUGAUGAUAUUGUCAUAGUUGAGCCAGACUCUUCUGGCCGUCCUGACGUAGUUUCUGGCCCGGAGGAUUUGGCCUUCGUCAUUGGCACGCCUAAAGAACGUUUACCGUUGAAGCGAUCAAACACCACUACUCCCAAAAAAUCCGAGGGCUUUUUAGGGUUAUUUGGCUCAUUUCGCAAGCCGGCGACGCGACCAGACUAUUCGCGGCCACGAUAUAGUCGAGGCGAAGAUUUGAGAAUUGCUGAAACUGACAAGGAAGAGACCCGUCGCCCUCGACGAGAAAAACGACGAUCAACUAAGGUAGAGACAGAUGGUGAAGGGUUUACAACUGAUGCAGCUCCCACAACGGAAGCGGAAGACGCGGAAGCCAGAAAAGCCGAACGAAGAACUCGUCGUUUGUCAAAGCAUGCGGAACAGGAGGCGCGAGAAGUUGUAGACAAAGACGCCGAAGAACGGCGUGCAAAGAGACGGGAAGCUGAGCGGGCGAGGAGUUACGAAGCAUGGGAAAGACAAGCAAGAGAAGACGAAGAACGAGAACAACGACGUCGUGAGGAGAAGAGAGCUCGUCGAGCAGCGCUGGAGUUAGAGGGAAAACAACGCGAGGAAGAACGCAGAGAAAUGGAGGCAAAACGUCGUGUAAAACAAGCAGAGGAACUCGAAGAAGAGAGCAAAAGGAUACGAUUUGAACGCCGUAGAUCACAUAUGGAGAAACCUCGAGACAAAUAUUCUUACAAUGAAUAUGGCAUGGAUCAUCGUCGCCAUCGUUCCCAUCGUUCUGGUGACGAAACUGCCAAAUCUCGACGGCGGAAGUCUUCUGCCAUACCUGGAGAAGAGUAUUACACUUCUAGCAAUGUCCGCCCAUUGCAUCGUGCUUCUACCGUACCGUAUCCUGGUCUCGCGGGUAGCGGGAAGGAGAAAACGUCAUUGUGGUUAAAUUCUCAGUUAACUAACCCUCCAGAAGUGCCUCCCAUUGUCCCCACUGUCAUCGACAUUCCUGCUCCCGCAGGAGACCCUCACGUCCAUUCCCUAUCAUCCGAAGAUGAAGCCAGGCGAGCAACUCGACGCAAGGCGCGACGACAUUCCAAGUACAAUGGCCUCGAUGAUGCCGAACUUGCAGAUAGACGAGCUAGACAUCGAGAACUUCCGCAUUCAGUUCGCGAACCGCUCAAGAGCAGCGAAGGCAGUGGCGAAGGCGAUCGAUACGGUGAUCGUUAUGGUGAUCGCUAUGCCUCCGACCACCACCGCCAUUUAUCAUAUGGCAAUGGGACUUCGAAACGAUCCAGUUGGUUCAAGAAAAUUACCAAUUUGUAG